AAAGGUACAGAUAUUUUUUCGAUGUGUCAUCACAGUGAAUUUAAGACAAAUGACGUGUUUUUCUUAAGUAAUGGGUCCAGCGAUGUCUUGUUUACAUAAAAAUCAAAAUAUAUUGUUGCCGAUUAACAACAAAAAUCCUUCUCUUACAAAAUAUAUUAGCCAAUUCGAUCAAAUUCAAGUCCCCACCCAUUCUGGGUCCAGGAUGUCUGCAGCAAGCAGAGCUGAUACAAAAGAGGGAAAUUUUCAACAAUUCAAUCUAGUAGAAGCAAUAGAGCGCAAUGACAUAGAUGCCGUCAUAGACCUAAUCAACAAUUAUUCUUUGGAAAGCUGGGGUGAUGUUUCAAAUUAUGUGACCAACAACUAUAGAAUUCACAACCCUGUAGAGACCGCUUGUAAUUUGGGACGCACAAAGAUUAUUCACAUAUUUUUUGACAAUGGAUGCAGUGCUAAUUUGCCAACAAGCUCAGGUCGUUUGAUUCACACUGUGUGUAAAAACAUACAGACACAGAAAAUAAAUAUAGAAGAUGGCCGUGAACUUAUCAAAUUGAUGUGUCUUCAGAAUAAUUGUAAUGUGAAUAUAAAAGACAUUCAUCAUAAAACACCAAUACUGUAUGCAUGUGAAAUUGGAGACAAGGAAAUUCUAGAAACAUUGAUGUCUGUCUCUGAUCCAGACAUCCUUAAAUGCAAAGACCUUCCAAAUGGAUUUACACCACUCCACAUGUCAACCAUGAAAAGUGAUCUGGAAUGUGUCGCAGUCAUUCUAAAGCAUUUACCAGAGAAAAAUUUUAUUAACAUUCAGGAUAAUAGGGGCAGAACUCCACUUCAUUUAUCUUUGAUAUCAAUGUGCAAAAACCUUCAAUACAUGAAUGAAAUAGCAUUAGAUUUUCAUGAGUUGUCAGAAUCCAAAAAACAUUUACAGAGAGAACAAACAAGAAAGCUACAACUCAUUCAGGAAAAUUCAAUUUCUGUUGUAGAGCUUCUUUUACUGCAUGGAAGUGAUCCAAACUGCUAUUUGCAUGGUGGAAGACUAUCACCUAGUCAAUCUAUUGGUAAAGAUAUGCCACUUUACCUUGCCAUGUCAUUGGUUGCAAAUGAUCUGACAGCAGACUUUUUGUAUGGAGACAAAUCAAAGACCUCAACUGCAAUGCAACCUUUCUUGUUUUCCUCAGUGCCAAAUAAUAACCUGAAGCCCUCCUCUUACUCAUCUCUUGUAAGACUUCUUAUCUUGUUUGGUGCCAACCCAAAAGAAAGCAAAGAUUUGUGGUUGACUUCCUUCCAGGAUGACCCCUCUGUAACACCUCUGAUAGAGGAAGUGUUUUCUUACAUUGAGAACAAAGGUUGUGGUCCUAGUAAACUUUUUCAGUUGUGUAAACAAGUCAUAAGACUCCAUCUGACUAAAUCACAGAAUCUCCAUAAAAUAGAUGAGCUUCCCUUACCUACUUCAAUGCAAGCUUAUAUAAGAUUUCAAUUUCUGUAAGAUGUUUAUUUCAAUAUACAUUGUCUCUGAUUUGUUCAUCUUUUUUCAUGCUCCAUUGAUGGGGCACAACAACAUAAACUCUGUUAAAAAAUGUGUUUUUGCAAUGGUAAUCUUUCUAUCUAUUCUUGUCAACAUUGUAAAUACAUGUAUUUUGUACAUUUUAAUUGAAAGACAGCCAGAAAAGCAUUUUUAUUGUUAUAUUUCAGUUUACUGUUUGUUUUCUACAUACUGUAUAAAGAAUUUAUGUUGUACAAUAUUAUCACCAGGCAUCAGAUCUAUAGUAAUAUUGAUAAUAACAUUUUGAUGCCUUGUAUUCAGAUUGAACCCCCUUCCCCCUCUGAAAAAUGAGUAUGUUAUGACUUCUUCUUGUGGCAACAAACUAAGCCAAAGGAAGUACAGAUUUAAAAUUUGCAUUCUUGAAUUAAUGAAUUAAAGCACUGCAAAGCAGAUCCCCUCCCUUUUGCAACAUGAUUUCAAUCCAAGAUUACAGCUUCUCAAAUAUUGAAUUUAUACUCUGUUGAUAACAUUAUCAAUACCUAGCACUGUAUUUUAUCUAGGCAUUUGGGCCCUAUUUUUUUUUCCACCUAGCAUCUCUGUAUUAAGUUUGAGACUGAGCUCAUGUUGCAAUUUUAAAUACUGGUAUUAUCUAAAGUAUAUUAAAAUUUACACAGAUCCCAAUCUAUGACUUUAUUCUUUGACCUUGUCUGUUUCGGAGCUAACUUUAAAAUAGGCAGUGGCUUUUGUUUUUGAUUUCCAGUCAUUUGGCAUUGGACAUGAGAUUCACUGGUACUACCAUGUUGAUGAAGCCUUUCUACAUUAGAGAAACAUUAUGGUCUCAAUUAGAUGAGGCACUUCACUUAGAGCUGGUCUAAAUUAUGCACCUCAAUUAGAGCUGGUCUAAAUUAGGAACCUUACUUAAGGCUGGUCUAAAUUAGGCACCUUACUUAGAGCUGGUCUAAAUUAGGAACCUCACUUAGGGCUGGUCUAAAUUAGGCACAUCACUUAGGGGUGGUCGAAAUUAGGGACCUCACAGCUAGUCAAAAAUAGGCACCUCACUUAGAGCUGGUCAAAAUUAGGCACUUCACUUAGAGGUGGUCUAAGUUUGGCAUUUCACUUAAAGUUUUACCUUAUCAUGUUUCAGUUUUGCAAUUCUU